AUGCUAAGAGGCCCUAACGGCCGCGUCGCGCCGCCCUUUAACAAGCGGCCCGUCGCCGCCCUUCUCCUGCGGCCCACCGCCCUCAACUGCGGCCCCGCCGCCCUCAUCUGCGAUGCCGCCGCCCUCAACUGCUGCGGCCCAGCCGCCUUCAACUGCUGCGGCCCCGCCGCCCUCAACUGCGGCCCCGCCGCCCUUCUCUGCGGCCCCGCCGCCCUCUGCUGCGGCCCCGCCGCUCUCACCUGCGGCCCCGCCGCUUUCACCUGCGGCCCCGCCGCCCUCAACUACUGCGGCCCCGCCGCCCUCAACUGCUGCGGCCCCGCCGCCCUCAACUGCGGCCCCGCCGCCCUCAACUGCAGCGGCCCCGCCGCCCUCAACUGCGGCCCCGCCGCCAUCAACUGCUGCGGCCCCGCCGCCCUUCUUUGCGGCCCCGCCGCCCUCUGCUGCAGCCCCGCCGCCCUCACUUGCGGCCGAGCCGCUUUCACCUGCGGCCCCGCCCCUCUCGUUGGCGGCCCCGCCGCCCUCACCUGCGGCCCCGUCACCUGCUGCAGCGCCGCCCGCCGCCCGGGUUUCCCGACCCGUCCCACCCAGCCGAGCAGCCGACCGCCGCGCCGCCCUGCAGCAGCACCGCCGAGCCGCUCAGCAGCCGAGCACCCGAGCCGCCCUGUAGCCGAGCCGCCCAGCAACCGAGCCGCCCUGCAGCUGAGCCGCCCAGCCGCCGAGCCGCACUGCAGCCAAGCCGCCCAGCCGCCCAGUACAUAG